GGGUCACCACCCCCCUGUCGAAAUGGGUCACCACCUGGAGCUUGAUGAUGUAAAGGAAUGCGACUACAUUGUCAUCUCGCAUGCUCAUUUUGAUCAUCUCCCCGGAGCGGACCGACUUGCCUUGAGAACUGGCGCGACAAUCAUUGCAAACUGUGAAGCUAUCAACUGUCUUCGACAAGCUGGAGUUCCCGAAAAUCAACUUACCUCUGUCGCUGGAGGGGAGCGCUUACCUCUGUUCUCAAGAGACAUCCUUGAAAAGGCUGUAUCUGGCACUAUCGAACUUGCUCCUACCAGUCUGCCAUUGGCACCUCCCAAGCCACACGUCAAAUUCGCUUCCCUAGCUGUGCACGUAUGGCCUUCGUUACACACAUUGAUGCCUGGUAAGGUACCUCACGAUAUCCCUGAAGUUUUUGACUCAGGGGUAGUCUAUGAAGCCUUGGACGACGGAUUCGCUUGCUCACAUGACAUUACACAGCUCGUGAAGCAUGGCUUGCUCCGCUUGAAGGAUUUCGUUCCUGAAGACAAAUUAGACGCAGGAUCUCGCGCAUUUGCAGACUAUGUGCAAGACCGCAAACAAAACGUCAUGUCUACAUGCGAUGGCGGUCAACUGAUGUUCAAUUUCGUUAUAGGAAACAAAGCUGUACUAUUCAAUACCCACUUGGGUGCUUAUGAAGGGGUUAUGCGCUAUCUUGAACCUAAGCCAGAUGUGGCGAUAUUAGGUGCUGGCGGCGUCCCAAAUCUGAAUGGAAGACCAUUCCUUGGAAAUGCUGCAGAGUUUCUCACCAAUCAAGUCCGCUGGCUUGGAGAACCUGCAAAAAUAUUUUUCUGUCUUAAUGAUAAGGACAAGUGAGUGGAAAAAUCUUAUAUGACGCAUUUCAAAGUUACUCCAUGACUAACUUUGAGUAGCGAAAAAAGCCAUCGAAUCAGGGACA